AUGGUGCUUUUCACUUUUCUCCUAAGCUCCCUGUGGGACAUUCAGAUACCUUUCUCACAGGAAGUCAAAUACUACAUUUUAGGAAUUUCAAGCCUUCUCAUCAUAUUGGUUCUCUGUUUGCUGAUAUGGCAAAUUUACAAAUACUGCAAGUAUCAACCUGCCUCCAAACAUACUGACUUUAAUGACUCAAUGAGUAAGCCUGCAAAGAAUGGAAAUAUGCAAAGCACCCAGAUUCCAGACUUCCAGCAGCAGUCCUUCCAUAAUAGCAAGUUGCUCCGCAGUUUUGAUCUGGGCAGCAGUACUGAUAGUCUGGGGGAAAUUCCUAAAGAGGAAAUUCAGGGCUCGCUGCGCUUCUCGCUCUUCUACGAUCAGUCACAGUCCCAGUUGGUGUUGACUGUUCUUGAGGCACAGGACCUGGUAGCAAGAGAAUCCAGUGGGAGUGUGGAUCCCUUUGUCUUUGUGCGAGUGUUAUGGGACAAUGAGCAGGAGCUGACUGGUGUACUUCAGGAGUGGCAGACACACCGGGUUAAAAACAGCUGCAAUCCUAUGUUUGGAGAUCAGUUCUCCUGCGUUCUGUCUGAGGAGGACGUGCCCAACGUCACAGUACGACUAGAGGUCAGAGAUUUUAAAGAAUACCCUAGACAUGGUAUUUUGGGAGAGGUCCGUGCACCUCUGAGCAGUCUACAAAUGUCAUAUCCCUUGGAAAUGCUGGAGGACCUGCAAAAACCAAGGAAAGACAUUGUUGGCGAAAUCCUUCUUUCUUUAAAAUACUUGCCUACAUCUCAUCGACUGGAGGUGGGAGUCCUAAAGAUCAAGACAGUUUUCAGGUCGAGUGAGAUGAAAAAAGCAUUGUAUGCCAGAACUAAAGUUCUAUGCAAUGGGUCAAGGACCCGACACCAAAGGACCACAGAAAAGACUCGCUUGCAUGUCACUGUUUUCAAUGAAGUCCUGGUCUUCCGACUGCCUAAAACUCAGAUAAAGAAGUGCAUCAUCAUGCUCUCUGUCUAUGAAGUUUGCCACCAGAAAAAGAUCUCCAAGAGUCUGAUUGGUCAGCUGAGCUUUGGAAAAAGAGAGGGUGAGGAGGACGAUCACUGGAGUUUGAUGAUGCAAACGCUUCGCCAACCAGUAGCCGAAUGGCAUUUGCUCUACUUAUAA